AUGGUCUCCCUAUCCACCGUGCACGCCCACAACGCCUCCCUCAAAUCUCUGGGCCCGGGCCUCGUCGCCGUAUUCGUCGGCGGAACAUCCGGCAUCUCCCUCUCCACAGCCCUCGCUCUAGCGCGACACACCGUCUCCCCAAAAAUCUACCUCAUCGGCCGCAGCGCACCCGCCGCACAGUCCGCAAUCAACACAAUAAAGACCCUGAAUCCAUCAGCGACCACAACAUUCCUGCAAUCCGACAUCUCGCUCCUCAGAAACGUCGACAGUGUCUGCGAAAAAAUCACGAAAAACGAGAAACAUGUCAACAUCCUCUUCAUGACGCCCGGCCACAUGACGCUCAGGGGGCGCGACGAGAGCGCCGAAGGGCUCGACAAGAAACUCGUCCUGCACUACUAUGCGCGCAUGCGCUUUGUGCAGAAUCUCCAGGCCCUUCUUACAUCUGCCUCUGCCUCUGCCGCAGCCACAAACUCUUCAGCUGGAGGGGAGGAGCGUCCCAAGCCCAACCUCUCGCGCGUGAUCUCCGUCCUCGACCCGGCCGUCGCAGUGCGCGGGUCCCUGUUUGGGCUCGGCUCCGCGAUCCUGGACUACGACGACCUCAGUCUGAAGCGCGGAUUCAGCGUGGCGAAAUGCGGGCACCACGCGUCGCUGAUGAAUAACUUUUUCCUGGAGGCGAUGGCGCAGGUUCAUACUGGGACGUCGUUUAUCCACGCGUAUCCCAGCGGCGUUGAUACGGGGAUCUUGCGCAAUAUCCCGGGGGGAAAGGUGUCGAGGGGAUUGGUGAGGGUGGUGUUGAGGCCGUUUAUGGUGCCGCUUGACGAGAGCGGGGAGAGGUUUUUGUUUGCGGCGACUAAUACGAGGUAUCCUGCUGCUGCUGCCUCUGGUGGAUCUGAUGGGGAGGUGGCGGUUGGGAGUGAUGGGAGGGCAGGGAGUGGGUGUUACUGGGUUAGUUGGGAUGGGGAGGUGUUUCCUCAGUAUGGGAGUAUUGGCAGGAAGAGAGAGGAGGGCGCGGUGGACAGGGUUGUUGGGCAUACACAGGAGGUGUUUCGGAGGGUUUGUGAGGAGGACUUGACGUAUCCUUGA